GCUACUAUAGUAUUAAUGCUCAUAACCUUCCUUAAUCGAGUAAUUAGUAACUCAAGGGACCCUAAACGAGUAAACGCUGCGCAAAUCCAAAACAGUGAAUCUGGGAGAAUUGGGAAAGAGAUCGAAGAACCACAUUUGAAGCUUCAGCCAAUUCAUCAAGCAGGCGAGUCUCUCAUCCAUUUCUUUUCUAAACUAUUGAAAAACGAAUUUAAUAGUUUUGCUCAAUGCCUGAUUGUUGUAGAACUAAUUAUACCUGAAGAAAAAACAAUGACUCCUCAUUUUUUAAGAAGAAUCCUAACAUCUUUUUCACUCAAACAUGAAUCUUCCAAUUUCAUCAAUCUGCCCAAUUUCCCCUUUUUCUCAACUCAAGUGACCCAAAUUGAAAAACCCAAUUGUGAAUUUACGAAUUAUUUGAUUACACACCACAAUUUCUCUCAAGAAAAUGCUUCAAAAACAGCUACUCUUCUGACCCCUUUGAAGGACUAUAAAAAAUCCGAUUUAGUUCUUGAUUUCUUGAAAAAUAUAAGAAUUUCGGGUACCCAGUUGGAGGAAUUAGUUGUACGUCAUCCUCGUGUUCUUGCUGUUGAUGUUAACAAGUCUGUUGGAGUUAAAGUCAAAAGAAUUAAGGAUUUAGGUUUUUCAGAUGAUGAAUUGGUUGAUUUAUUAUGUUCUGUUCCGUUAAUAUUGACCCUGUCUCGAUCAGUUGAUGGUGUCGUUUCGACGAUUUCUGUGUUGCAAAGUGUAUUGGGUUCGAACUAUGAUGUUAUUAAGCUGUUAAAGCUUUGCAAUUGGUUUCUUAGUAAUGAUUUGGAUAAAAGUCUGCUGCCUAACAUUCAGUUGAUGGAGGAAUGUGGGAUUAGCAAAUUGCAAAUUAGGCAAACUCUUCUUAGUUUUCCUAGGUUUUUCUUGGUGCAACCUGAGUUUAUGAGGGAUUGUAUGAGGAGGGUUGAUGAGUUGGGAUUAGGAAGGAAUUCGAAAAUGUACAUUCAUGGCGUUCGGGCUGUGAGUUCUAUGACUCUAGAAAAAUGGGCGUCCAAAGUGAAGCUAUUCGAAACCUUGGGUUUUAGUGAAGCUGAUAUUCUGUCCAUGUUUCGAAGAACACCUCAGGUGCUUACUGUAUCGGAGAGGAAGAUUUUGGAGGUUUCCAAGCUGUUGCUUAGCUCAGGGAGUGUUGAUGUAUCAUAUUUGGUUCAGCAUUCUGAAUUGUUAAUUUAUAGUGCUGCUUUUAGGAUUAAGCCUCGCUUGGAUAUCGUCAAUGUACUCUUGUCAAAGAAUUUACUUCAGAAGGAGCCUAGGCCAACUACUCUAUGUAAGAUUGGCAAUGAGAAAUUCAUCCAGACAUUUGUGCUUCCAUAUGCUAGUGAAAUUGGUGAUGUUGGUAAGAAAUUUCUCGUUAGCACAGGGUUUGGAUCUUCUUUCGGUAUUUAGACUUUAGAGAAGAAAUUUUACAUCUCUUGGCUUUGAUUUGGGGAUGAGAAAUUCAUCCAGACAUUUGUGCUUCCAUAUGCUAGUGAAAUUGGUGAUGUUGUUAAGAAAUUUCUCGUUAGCACAGGGUUUGGAUCUUCUUUCGGUAUUUAGACUUUAGAGAAGAAAUUUUACAUCUCUUGGCUUUGAUUUAAUGCUAGCAAGUCAAAGUUGUUCUUCCAUCACGACAUUAUUUCAACUCAGGUAUCACCUUCUCUGUAAUUUUUAUGCUUGUUGGUUGUAUGUAUCAGAAUUUUGCAAAGAUACACUGUGAUUAAUCCCUCCCUCGGGCUUUCACUAGUGCUACGUCUUGGUAAUUCAAUAAUUAUGGCGACUUUCAUUCAUGACAUUCGCGUUUAUCAUGUGGUUUUACAUCUGUAAAAAGUGAAAGCCAUUAAUAUUAAUGGUCAAACAGCUGUCAAUUCUGUCCUGGGUUUGCCUGGAUUAGAUUGAUUUGAUUCAAACUCAUGUAUUGAGCUCUUCUUGCUCCUGUGCUACUUGAGAGUUGCAUCCUUGUAACCUUACGGAAUAACUUUUAUGACAUGGUUUUAAUAAUUUUCUGCCUCAAUUGAUUCUCGAAUUUUGGCUGGAGUUUUUUGCUAAGGAGGGUUGUUUUAUUUAGAUGGGGAGGGGGAUCAUAAUAUUACAUUGUUAUGAGUGGUGACCUAAAAGAGUUUUUGAUAAAUAAUACAGAAGUAUUCUUAAAUUA